GCCACUCUGCUUCCCGGAUCUGAACCUGAACCUGAACCUGGUUGUCUCACCUCGGCCCCUGGGGUCCCUGCCCAUGGGCGUCGUGCAGAGCCUAUCCGAUGCUCGACCCAGCACCUUGGCCCCUCGACACUGCCUGCGGCGGGAGCUGCCAGCUUUUUGGAAUUCCUAAUCGCUCCUGGCCCCGGUGAUUGGCUGCUCAGCUCUGACCCCACUUUGGCUGCCGCCUGGUUGGAUAAAAGGGGAAUCUCCUUGGGCUCCAGAGCAUUAGACACCGGAGGGGGCACCUGGGACCAACUCCGCGAAGCAGGGAGCCCGGCGGGGGGGUGGGGUGAGCUAAAGACCUGCGGCCUCAGCCCCUCCAAAGAACCGGGAGAUGACGGGGAAAGCAGGGGAAGCACUGAGCAAGCCCAAGUCCGAGACAGUGGCCAAGAGUACCUCGGGGGGCGCCCCGGCCAGGUGCACCGGGUUCGGCAUCCAGGAGAUUCUGGGCUUGAACAAGGAGCCUCCCAGCUCCCACCCGCGGGCUGCGCUCGACGGCCUGGCCCCCGGGCACUUGCUGGCGGCGCGCUCAGUGCUCAGCCCCGCGGGGGUGGGCGGCAUGGGGCUUCUGGGGCCUGGGGGGCUCCCCGGCUUCUACGCGCAGCCCACCUUCCUGGAAGUGCUGUCCGACCCGCAGAGCGUCCACUUGCAGCCAUUGGGCAGAGCAUCGGGGCCGCUGGACACCAGCCAGACGGCCAGCUCGGAUUCUGAAGAUGUUUCCUCCACCGAUCGAAAAAUGUCCAAAUCUGCUUUAAACCAGACCAAGAAACGGAAGAAGCGGCGACACAGGACAAUCUUUACCUCCUACCAGCUUGAGGAGCUGGAGAAGGCAUUCAACGAGGCCCACUACCCAGAUGUCUAUGCCCGGGAGAUGCUGGCCAUGAAAACAGAGCUGCCGGAAGACAGGAUACAGGAUAUGGCAUUCUGGAAGUCCCUGCCAGCUAUCAGCCCUGGGGAAGAGAAGGUCUGGUUCCAGAACCGCAGAGCCAAGUGGAGGAAGCGGGAGAAGUGCUGGGGCCGGAGCAGUGUCAUGGCAGAGUACGGGCUCUACGGGGCCAUGGUGCGGCACUCCAUUCCCCUGCCUGAGUCCAUCCUCAAGUCUGCCAAGGAUGGCAUCAUGGACUCCUGUGCCCCGUGGCUACUGGUUCAAGAUGGCUUUCCCAGGCGCUUUUCUAAACCCGAAUACCAACAAUUCUUUUUAGGGAUGCACAAAAAGUCGCUGGAGGCAGCAGCCGAGUCGGGGAGGAAACCCGAGGGGGAACGCCAGGCCCUGCCCAAGCUCGACAAGAUGGAGCAGGAGGAGCGGGGCGCCGACGCUCAGGCGGCCAUCUCCCAGGAGGAACUGAGGGAGAACAGCAUUGCGGCGCUCCGGGCCAAAGCUCAGGAGCACAGCACCAAAGUGCUGGGGACUGUGUCUGGGCCGGACAGCCUGGCCCGGAGUACCGAGAAGCCAGAGGAGGAGGAGGCCAUGGAUGAAGACAGGCCGGCGGAGAGGCUCAGUCCACCGCAGCUGGAGGACAUGGCUUAGGUCAAGGGGUGUUCAGAUGCCGGAGCCCCAAGACUCUGCUCUCCUCGGGGCCUGUGGUGCUGGGAGGUACUCUCUGAGGCAAGACCCAGGCCUGGCCUCUGCCAUCCUCUUUGCCCCCACAGGCCCUCCAUCACCCCUGGUGGCUGCAGGCACAGCUGAGUUCCGACUCUGGACCAUGCUGAGACAUCCCUGAUCUAGUCUUGACCUCUCCAGCAUCCCAGCCUCAGACGCCUUCUUGCUGCCCACAACAUCCCCUCAAGCCCCUUUUCCCUCAAUCCCUUUGCAACGAUCACUGGUUUUGGCCACCCUUUGCUCUCUGUUCUCUUGCUUUAAAGAACCCUCCUUCCCAGCUGUACAUCCUUUGUGGAUUCUGCUCUGCCCAUGCCUAAAGCCCAUUGCUGCAAAUGCAUCGUGCGUUGCCUGCCACAGCUGUGACGCAGACGGAGGACUGGAACUGCAGCUCCAGCAUUCUGAGCACCCCAGUCCUCAGCAAAAGUCUUCUCCUCACUCAGCCUGUUCCUCCCUGCAGACCUGGCUGGGCCUGGGCUUCCGAAGUGUGAAGACACCACCCUGCAGGCCCAGGCAGACACAGCCUUUCCCCCACCCAUCAGUGGAGUACAGAUGGCAGGCUACACUUGGGAAGUCAAGUCUCAGCCUGGGCCCCUCAGCCACCCUUGGUCUCAUGCCUUGCCAUGGUUACCCUCAGGAACCCACCCUCUCCACGCCCAGCCUGUCCCACUGGGUCCUCCCAGCCUAGGCAACUACAUGGCAUGUGGCAAUAUUCGCUGCAUGCCAUGAGUCCAUGUCCUAUGCCUCACAAAUACUGCAGCUCACUGCAUUGUUUAGGAAUCUAAACCCUCUACCCUGUGUCCUCAGGCCCCUGGGCCUGUGUUCUGAAGCAUCUUGACUCUCCUGACAGGCUGCCUGUGACCUUGACUUGCUGUGAAGUCACCCUUCCCCCACAGCUCCUUGCAAACUGUUAGUUUGCAUGUGCUCUGCCUGGAACAACCCAAUCUAGCUGGUAAACGGCAUCUAGGAAGCCACAGGCCUGGCCUCCACUGAGAAGCCAAGCCUGGAGUAGGCCUGGGACUAUGCAUAUGCAUUAAGGGCCUGGUAGAGAAACCUUCACUCCAGGCAGACAGGGAGCUAAGGGCCUAGGGCUGAGCACCUCUCAGAGCAAGCUUUUACCCUGUUCAGAAGGAUGGGAGAAAGGAUGGAAGGAAAGCAGGGUAGAAGGCCAGGUAUAAGCCCAUGCAAAGCUGUAGGUUCACACGCCUUCAUGCCAGUGUAUGCCAGGAGGCACGUCCACUAGACUAAAACACAGUAACUGUGAUGGAAUAAAGAGCUGGGACUUCUCUCUGCCGGUGGAUGGGUAGACCUGUUGGUGCCGCGACCUCUCUGGCCUGGCCUUGCCUUUUCCAUUCGCAUGAGCACUGGGAGCACAUAGCCCUGUUGACUCGCCCGAUCCAGACUCCCAGGCCAAGCUCCCGACCCUAUCCACCCCACCACCAUCCCACCCACAUUUUCAGGGAAUACCUCGUUGGAGAAAGGCCCGAGACAGUGCAUUGCAACUUUAAUUCCAUAUCAAAAGUUGAUUUCUCCUUCAUUCCAUUUAUGGAACUUCCCUCCCUGGUUCUUCUUGUCUUUGUCCCUGUUGGUUUGAAGUGUUAGACUGUAGCCCCCGGUGUGUAAAUAAUGUACAUAGAGUGAGAAGAAAGAAACUUGAUAUUGAGGUGUUUGAAAUAUGGAACUGUAAUAACUCCUAGGUAUUCGAAACUUGUGAUUUCUGUGCCAUUUUCUGUAAAGAUACAAGUAAGAAUAAAAUUGACAUAAAAAUAG